CAUUAAUGAACUUGGAGUUAUACUCCUAGUUCUGUUCCAUAUCGAGUCUUCAAAAUAUACACACACGCGAUUCGAGGAUAUGGGUGCUUUGUUUCGUCCACCGGCUGCAUAUUUAGGAGCUUUUCUUCUGGCCAUCAGCUCCCUUAGCUUCUUCCCUGACAUUGUGGCUGCAAAGCAUGGACCAAUAACAAGACACUACACAUUUAAUGUAAGGAUGCGAAACGUGACACGGUUGUGCCACACGAAGAGCAUGGUAACGGUGAAUGGAAAGUACCCUGGGCCUCCUAUCGUUGCUAGAGAGGGAGACCAAGUAGUGGUCAAAGUGGUUAAUCAUGUUCAAUACAAUGUUAGCAUCCACUGGCACGGGAUUCGACAACUUCAGAGCCAAUGGUCAGAUGGACCAGCAUACAUAACUCAGUGCCCAAUCCAAACUGGCCAGAGCUACGUUUACAACUUCACAAUAAUUGGCCAAAGGGGUACUUUGUUUUGGCAUGCUCACGUCUCAUGGCUUAGAGCGACCCUUUAUGGACCCAUCAUCAUCCUUCCAAAGCCUGGAGUUUCUUACCCUUUUGCCAAGCCAUACAAGGAAAUUCCCAUCUUGUUUGGUGAGUGGUGGAAUGUAGACACAGAGGCAGUAAUAAGCCAAGCUCUUCAGACUGGUGGCGGCCCUAACGUAUCUGAUGCAUACACCCUGAACGGACUUCCUGGUCCGUUGUAUAAUUGCUCUCAGAAAGAAACGUUCAAGCUGAAAGUGAAGCCUGGGAAAACUUACCUCCUACGAUUGAUCAACGCUGCACUCAACGAUGAGCUCUUUUUCAGUAUAGCAAACCACAGCCUCACAACUGUGGAGGCCGAUGCCCUGUACGUCAAACCUUUUAAAGCCAACAUACUGCUCAUAGGCCCAGGGCAGACCACAAAUGUCCUCUUGAAGGCUAAACCAAACCAACCAAAUGCCCGUUUCCUUAUGGCAGCUAGACCUUAUAACACUGGCCUUGGGACUUUCGAUAAUACCACCACCGCAGGUGUUCUGGAGUACGAAGGCACAUCAAAAUCCUCUCCCCUAAUCAGACCAACCCUCCCAGCCAUAAACGACACUUCAUAUGCUGCCAAUUUCAGUUCUAAAUUCCGCAGCUUAGACAAGCCACAAGUCCCUCAAACUGUAGACAAAAGCUUUUUCUUCACUGUCGGCCUCGGAAGCAGCCCGUGUCCUAAGAACCAGACUUGCCAGGGUCCUAAUGGUACCAAGUUCGCUGCUUCCGUGAACAACAUAUCCUUUGCAAUGCCCACUACGGCAAUGCUACAGUCCUAUUAUUCCAGGAAAUCAAAUGGGGUUUUCACCACUGAUUUCCCAAGCCGUCCUUUGAUUCCUUUUAAUUACACGGGCACCCCACCCAACAAUACAAUGGUGAUGAACGGGACCAAAGCGGUGGUGCUUCCGUUCAACACGAGUGUGGAAUUAGUAAUGCAGGACACAAGCAUUCUUGGAGCCGAGAGCCACCCUCUCCAUCUCCACGGAUAUAACUUCUAUGUGGUGGGGCAGGGUUUUGGUAACUUCGAUCCCAAGAAAGACCCAGCUAGCUAUAAUCUUGUGGACCCAGUGGAAAGGAACACCGUGGCAGUGCCAUCUGGUGGGUGGGUAGCUAUUCGUUUCUUCGCAGAUAAUCCAGGAGUGUGGUUAAUGCACUGCCAUUUCGAAGUGCAUCUGAGCUGGGGGUUGAAGAUGGCGUGGAUUGUGCUGGAUGGAAAGCAACCGAACCAGAAGUUACCUCCUCCCCCCGCCGAUCUUCCCAAGUGCUGAUUCUUUUUAAGCUUAACCCUCAACUUCAACCAUUCCCCAAAAACUGAUGCCCGUUUGCCUUUCAUUUUCCUUUUCAUUUUUUAUGCUGUUUUCCCUCUCACUCACCAUAUCUUCCGGAGUUUAUCGAUCAGUCGAAGAGAUUGUUCGUAGUUGAUAUUGUUUUUGUGUUAAACUUGAACCAGAAGCUUCUGUACGAAGCAUUGAGUGUAAUAAUUUGCGAGGAAUAAAGUUACACCGUCGUUUGCUUUCUGUU